GUAUCUUGUUGUGUCUGCAGACUGUAUUAAAUCAGGACUUGCAGUGAAGAUGAUGUUUCCUGCAGAUCUGCAUCUUCAGGGUCCAUGUGGGAGUCAAAGGGGAUGUAGCCCCGCCCUCCCCGGUGCCUCUCAGCCAAUAGGAACUCUCCCUGGAUUAUCCUGCUGUUAUAAAGGCAGGGGAUGCUGAGGCUGUGAGAGAAGCGCCCACUACAACUAAAAAAAACACCACUGAGCCAACAAAGCAAACUGUGGGCAAGACGCACUGAUCCAACAGGUGCUCAGCAGAGGAAACUGAAGGUAAAGAAAGAAAAUAAAAAGAAAAGUGAUGGAGCACUCCAAACAGACACAGUACAGUUCAAACGAGAAGAAAGAGUCCGGGGACAGCAGCUCGGUGCUCAACGGACACUUUGACGGGAUGGUGAAGCGGUCACCCGGCGGCACCGGGCGCACAGCCGGUCCCCAGACUCCGGGCGCGGAGUCCGGCUCGCACCGGUCGGCGGCUUCGGUGAUGGAGAGCUGGAAGGAGGAGCGCACCAGGAGCGUGGAGGACAACGAGAUGAGCCUGCCGUCCCUUGCCGCAGCCUACACCACCAUCCUACGGGGGCUCGGAGAAGACCCGCAGCGGCAGGGACUCCUCAAAACCCCCUGGAGGGCCGCCACCGCCAUGCAGUUCUUCACCAAGGGCUACCAGGAGAAAAUUAUCGACGUGCUGAACGACGCCAUCUUCGACGAGGACCACGACGAGAUGGUGAUCGUCAAAGACAUCGACAUGUUCUCCAUGUGCGAACAUCACCUGGUGCCCAUCUUCGGCAGGGUUCACAUCGGUUACCUCCCCAACAAGCGAGUUCUGGGCCUCAGCAAGCUGGCCAGGAUUGUUGAAAUCUACAGCCGCAGACUACAAGUUCAGGAGAGGUUGACCAAACAAAUCGCCGUGGCGAUCACCGAGGCCCUGCAGCCCACUGGGGUCGGCGUCGUCAUCGAAGCGACUCACAUGUGUAUGGUGAUGCGCGGCGUUCAGAAGAUGAACAGUAAGACCGUCACCAGCACCAUGUUGGGAGUUUUCAGGGAAGAUCCAAAAACCCGCGAUGAGUUUCUGACGCUGAUCAGGAGCUGAGGAGGCCCUAAAGCUCCUCCUCUUCCUCCUCCUCCUGUUGCCUGGGGUUACCUCCACCUGCACGGACCAGCCACCGUGCAUACUGUGUGUGUGUGUGUGCGCGUGUGAGAGAGAGAGAGAAAGAGUGUGUGUGUGUGUGUGUUUUCCAUCUCACCAAAGGCAGUGACAGAGUGUUUACUGUGUUUUCAGUCCGAUUCCGUUUUAAUCGUCAGAUAAUGUGAAGCCUCACAGAUGUUUCCGUCUAGGUGGAGUUCGUCUGAGGCCGUUGACUGACAUGUUGUUUACUUUUAGACAACGGGACAGACUUUACCCCUUUGUCCACGCGUGCUGUGUGUGUUCAUUAAUAAAAUAUCAGUCAGUCGCUGGCCUCGAACACCUGGGAGAGACUUUACAGAAAGAGUAUUACAAAGAAAGUUCAUAUUAAACAGAACGUGUUGCAACUAAACGGUACGAAAAUAAACAAAACGUUCCAGGCAAAUAAAUAAAAGCAUCAGAUUUACAGUAAUCUGGAGCUCAAACAACCAAACAACCAAAAGACCAAUCAGAGAGAUUCAUCUAUAAUGAUAAUAAUAGUUAGUUGCAGCCCAAGAUAUGACUUAAUAAGUUUCCCUUUUCCUUUAAGUGUUGUUGAUCGAUCAUGUUUUUAUGGUUUUUACAGCAUUUUCACACUUGAUUUAGAAAGCAGCUGAUUUAAAUUUAGGAUCAGUACUGUUAAGUUUGUAAUCAAAACAAUUAUUAAAACGUUUAGUGCAGAAUCAUUUGAAACAUGAGCUAAAUACAGACUGUAAUAAACAUGUGAAAGUGACACCAGUAUCGUUGUGAUGGUGUGAAGGAUCCGUCUGUCUGUGCCAACUCGCCUCUCCAGUAAAACCAAAAAAAUUUACUUCAGAGCGAAACUGAGAAACUGAAAGUUAAAAUUUAGGAGAGAGGCAAAUGAAAUGUGUUUAUGUGUGUGUGACGGGCGACUGUGUGUGUGUGUGUGUGUGUGUGUGUGUGUGUGUGUGUUUGUUACUGACUAUGUGUUUACUUGUGUAGCAUGUUAUUGCAUUUUAAUGCAUCAUAGUGUCCCCAGACAGAUGUUGGGAGGUUUUAAUGGUGUAACGUUGUGACUGAAGUAGUGUGCAUGUGUGUGUGUGUGUGUGUGUGUGUGUGUGUGUGUGUGUGUGGGUAGGGGUGGGGGUUGUUGUUUUUGUGGCCUUGUUGAGAAGGAAGGCCGCUUCUUUGGCCUCUUCACCAUCAUCGUCACUUUAUGUACUGUGUUCAUUUCAAAGACUUUUUAAUCAAAGAAAAUAAAUCUCUA